GUAUAGAAAAGUUGAUUUCGCUUGAGUUCAUUCUCCUUCCGCCUGCACUUUUAAGAUACCGUUGCCGCAAUUAUCGUUACGAAAGUCGAAUUUUUACGUCAAUAUGUCUUUCCAGAACUUUGAAUCUUUCCAAAACCAGCACCCUGCUGCUGAUGCUGCUGCUGCCGCUCCUGGUGCUCCCGCUACUGCGGACACCACCAUGACCGGCCAGGCUGAUCCUAGCACUGCUGCUUUCCAGGGACCUGCUCCCGGUGAGCCCAAUGCUGCUUCUGUUCCCCAGCAGGCUAAUGAGGGCAAGACUACCCUCUGGAUGGGCGAACUUGAGCCCUGGAUCGAUGAGAACUUCGUUCGCAACUUGUGGUUCCAGAUGGGUGAGCAGGUCAACGUUAAGAUGAUCCGUGACAAGUUCUCUGGUAGGAGCAACGCUGGAUACUGCUUCGUCGAUUUCGCCUCUCCCGCUGCUGCUGCCAAGGCUCUGUCCCUCAACGGCACCCCCAUGCCCAACACCAACCGCUUGUUCAAGCUUAACUGGGCUACCGGUGGUGGUCUCGCUGAUCGCAGCCGUGAUGACCGUGGUCCCGAAUACUCUAUCUUCGUCGGCGACCUUGGCCCCGAGGUCAACGAAUACGUGCUCGUCUCCCUCUUCCAGAGCCGCUUCCCGUCUUGCAAGUCGGCUAAGAUUAUGACCGAUCCCAUCAGCGGCAUGUCCCGUGGUUAUGGCUUCGUCCGCUUCUCCGACGAGAACGACCAGCAGCGUGCCCUGAGCGAGAUGCAGGGUGUUUACUGUGGUAACCGCCCCAUGCGCAUCUCCACCGCCACUCCCAAGAACAAGGGACCCGGCGUUGUUCCUGGUGCCAUGGGUAUGCCCGCCGGGCCGGGCAUGUACCCUCCCAUGGGUGCUCCCCCUAUGGGCUUCUACGGCGCUCCCCAGCCCAUGAACCAGUUCACCGACCCUAACAACACCACUGUUUUCGUCGGUGGUCUGUCUGGCUAUGUCACUGAAGAUGAGCUCCGCUCUUUCUUCCAGGGAUUCGGCGAGAUCACCUACGUCAAAAUCCCCCCUGGAAAGGGUUGCGGCUUUGUCCAGUUCGUUCAGCGUCACGCCGCUGAGAUGGCCAUCAACCAGAUGCAGGGAUACCCCAUCGGUAACUCCCGUGUCCGCUUGAGUUGGGGUCGCUCCCAGAACAACUCUGGCCCUGCUGGCAGCCCCUACCGUCCUGCUCCCCCUCCGCCUCCCAUGUACCCUUCGAUGGGCAUGCCCCCCGCACACCAGUACGGCGGCUUUGCUCCUAUGAAGGUCAGUUCCCCCCAGUGAGCGGCCCUGGCAGCACUCGGACCUGGGUUUAUUGACUCCAAUGUCUAGUAAAAGAGCGUUCCUCUUUAGUUUGAAAGAAACAGCAGGA